AUGGCCAAAAAGAAGCAGCAAAGAUCCCAGAAACGGAGAUCCGAAAGAAAGAUUUUGGAUGCUUUCCAUCUUGCUGAACGUGGCCAAAAUGGCUCCGACGGCUCUGACUCCGAUGGGGAAGAAUUGCAAGUCCGUGAUGGUAUCAUGGACGCACGUAAAUUCAUGAAAAACCAGGAUGACGAUGAAUUUGAAGAUGAAGAACUCGAUUCAGAUGAAGCCCUUGGCUCUGAUGACGACUACGAUGUCUUGAACUCCAAGUUUUCUCAAACCAUUAGAGAUAAGAGGAAGAACAAGAACGCCGAUGAGAGUGACAGCGAAUACGACAGUGUUGAUGAGUCUCAGCUCGUGACUUUGUCUGAAGCUUGGGAUUUAGACGACAAAUAUAACUCCGCCAAGAAGGCGAAAUCCCUGUCUCAACUGAAAUCGCUGGAAGUGGUUCUCAAUGAUGACUGGGAAAGCGAUAGUGCUGAGUCUGACUCUGAGUCUGACUCUGAGGACAACAAAGACCAAAGCGCUGGAGAAGGCUCCGACAGUGAAGACGACAGUGAUGGUAGUGAUGAUGACAGCAGCUCCGAGGAGUCUGAAUCUGAGGAUGAAGAUAAGAUGCUUCGAGGCUCGGACGAUGAGGAUGAGAUCGACAUGAGCAAGACUCUUUCGACCAUUAACUCGCACCUUAAAAAAGAUCCAGAGCACAAGCGUCUCAUCAAUGAAACUGUGAAGGAAAACGAGUAUGGUAUUCCUACAGGUGGAGUCAAACUUUCAUUGGCAGACAUGUUAGGCAGCAGUGAAGCUCCUGAAACUACACUCAUUAGCAGAGACUUAGCUGAUGAUCUGAAUGCGCUCGCUGUGCCACUCCCGAAGCGUAUCCAGGAGAGAAAUGACAGAAAAGUUGCUUAUGAGAUCACCAAAGAGGAGGUCAGCAAGUGGGAAGAGACUGUUAGAACCAUUAGAGAUGCUGAUCAACUUCAGUUCCCAAUGGCUCCACCAGCAACUGAAGAGCAGGAAGAAGUUGAUGCCGAAAGAGAGUACGACUCUCUUCGUAUUGUCCCUGAAAAUGAUACCAAAUCUGAUCUCCAGAGUAAAAUCGAUGCGGUCUUGCGUGCUGGUGCACUUCUUGAUGAAUCUAAGGAGGCAACUUUUGAACAGAUUGCAGCUGCAAAACUCUCAAAAGAGGAUAUGUUUAAGAGAACUCAGGAACUUAGAAGAAUGAGAGAGCUCAUGUUCAGGGAUGAGCAAAGAGCGAAGAGAAUCAAGAAGAUUAAGUCGAAGCAAUUCCGCAAGAUCAGAAAGCGUGAGACUUUGCGUGAUGCUGCUCUCGUCGAAGGUUCAGAUGCUGAGUCCGAUGAGGAGGAUCACGAUCGUAAACGUGCCGAAGAACGUAUGUCCCUUCGUCACAAAACUCAAUCCAAAUGGGCUAAAUCUGUCAUUAAAUCCGGUAUUACCAAGGAUGCAUCCACCAGAGCUGAAUUGGAAGAGAUGCUCAGAUCCGGUGAGCGUUUGAGAUCGAAACAACUCGGCUACAAUGAUGGUGAGAGAAGCGACGGCAAUAUUUCCGAUGUUGAGAGAGAUUAUGAAAACGAUGAUGAAGAAGCUGAAAACCAAGAGAGAGCUAAACUCGGAAAAGGUGUUCUUGCAAUGGAUUUCAUGAAAGCCGCUGAGGAAAGAAAGAGAAAGGAAAACCUCAAGGACAUUGAGUUCCUCAAAAACAUGAGAGAAAGCAAUGGAACUGAAGCAUUAGAUGAAUCAUCGAAGAACUCGAUUAAUCAAACCAAGAACCAAGGAAGAAGAGUCUACACACCAUCGGCCAAGAUUGCACAGGAAGAAGCUGAGGAAGCUGAGGAGGAAGCACUUCAUGAUUACAGAGAUGAUGAGGCACGAAGCUUAGAGAAGCAAAUGCGUGGCAGAGAUCGCCAGCCCGAGCAGGAUACUGAUGAGAAUGAGCAGCCUCCGGCUAAGAAGCACAAAGUUGUUGAGGAAGAAUUUGCUGGAUUCGAUGAUGAAGAUUCGGACAAAGAAGCAGACUCCAAGAAGAACUCAAGGGCAAAGAAUUCAAAGAAUCCUUUGAGCUCUCACAACGAUGGAGAUUUAGACCCUGAAGAAAAUCCUUGGUUGACUGGAAUGGGCGAAAGCACUGAAAAAUCCAAGAAAUAUGUCGCUAUAACCGAAGACUCUUCACGUUUAUCCAAGGCUGCCAAUAAAAUUCAGAAGGUAGCUAGCAAGAGACAAACAAAGGGCAAGACUCCAGAUACAUACAUUGACUUGAACAAUGCAAUGAGCAUUGCUGGCAAUGUGCAGCAUAGCGAAGACGAGGACGACGAUGAAGAAGGUCCCGAGACUAGAAUGUUUCUCCAAAAGAAUCUCAUUCAGGAAGCAUUUGCUGGUGACGAUGUGGUUUCUGAGUUCCAAGAAGAAAAGAGAAGAAUUGCUGAGGAGGAAGACGACAAAACCGAGGACUUGACGUUGCCUGGUUGGGGUGGUUGGGGUGGUGCUGAGAUAACGGCGGCGCCAAAGAAGAAAUUUGUGAGAAAGAUUGACGGAGUCGUUCAAAAGGACAAGAGAAAGGACAAGAACUUGAAGAAUGUGAUCAUCAACGAGACAUUGGGUAAGCACAACUUGAAAUACCAAUCUUCGAGUGUGCCAUAUCCUUAUGAGUCCAGAGAACAAUACGAAAGAGCGCUCAGAAUGCCUCUUGGUGAGGAGUGGACUACUAAGGCAACUCAUAAGAAGGCUACCCAGCCUCGUGUUGUCGUCAAACAAGGUGUUGUGGUUGACCCAUUGAAGGCUCCUUUCAAAUAA